UCGUAGCAUCAUUGAGCCAUACAUGCCUGAUCGAGUGGUUCGGCAACUUGGAUACGUCCAGGGCAUUCCACCAGCCAUUAUCAGGCCUGAGAAGGCUAAGAGACCGACGAACUUGAAGAUGUAUCGGGUUGACUUUUCGCCAGAGAUGACAUCUGUGAUGUGGACUCGGUUUGUCCCUGGUAUGUCUUUUAGUGUCGUGGUAGGUGCCCUCAGCAGACUUGGUGGUGGUGCUCCUACAGUCGGUCCUGGUUACAUGCAGUGGCUGUACCGAUUUUCUCAUCCACGUGUUUCUCCAGUUGCGUCAUCACAUGAGAGUCGCACACUGCCAGAGAGAACUAACACGGAUUACUGGAUGGGUCGGUCUAUGGAGGUCAUCAACAGGACCCUAGAGGAGUAUCCGAGCCUAUCGCGUGAUACAAGAGCAAUGGCUGAGGCGCUACGAGCUGAUUGGAGGGCGAUGAUGGGGUUGUGAACUUCCUGUUUUUUUUUUUAU